ACCGGACAGUCACUUUUGACCAAAGAUACCACGUUUGAUCUACCAUUGAUCCGUUCCAGUCGUCAGCGCUGCAGCGACGAUUCCCAAUCUCGAUUCUCAUAAAUCAACAAUUGAAACCAUCUCUAUAUAGUUUUGUUAAUGUCAACAUGUCUUAAUGGGUAUUGGGUAAAUUUUUCAUAAUCCCAUCUCUCUCUCUCUCCCCUGAAAUACUUUUCCACAGCGGUGUCACUGUCACCCUCUCGUUUCCUGGACCAGUGAUCGGUACAAUUCAAUCCAAUUCAAUACAAUUACGCCAUCGUUGACCCACUUCCAAGUUCCCAAGUCGUCCUGGCAGCUACAGCCCCUGAUUUCCAAUCUUCCCUCACCACCACUUGUUUCUUCACCCACUCCCAAUUUACAAGUUCAUCAAGAUUGAAAGAAACACAACCCUCACCCCACCCAACCACACCCCCCCCCCAACAAAAAAAAAAAAAACCUUAGCCUGCCCAGGUGCUCAGGAAUGAAUAAUUUACCUCACAAAAUGCCCAGAAAAGCUCUGUUUGUUUACACGGUUUGUCUGCUCAGCCUCAUCCCAUUAAUCGAAGGAGCUGACCCGACUUUCGUCUCCAUAGACUGCCCAAACAUAACCCUUGCCACUACAAGUACCUAUGCCCCAAACAGCACCUACCAAACAAACCUCAACACCCUCUUCUCCGUUCUCUCCACCAACUCCAGCAACGCAUCCGGCGGCUUUUACAACUUCAUCGCCGGCACCAGCCCGCCAGACGUCGCCUACGGCCUCUUCCUCUGCCGCGGCGAUGUCUCCGCCGCCGUGUGUAGAGAUUGCGUCGUUUACGCUAUCGGAGAUGUGGUCAAGCGGUGCCCCAGGUCGAAGCAGGUCACGAUCUGGUACGACCAGUGUUUGCUCAGGUACUCCAACCAGUCCAUCUUUGCCGCUGCGGACACACAAUUGUGGAUCGUUUUGAGCAAUCCGCAGAGCGUAACCGAUGCGACCCGUUUUACCGAAGUUUUGGGACAGGUAAUUGCCGAUGUUGCCAACCGGGCCUCGAUUGAUGACUCGGGCAAGAAAUUCGCGACUACACAAGCCAAUUACUCAGCGCUUCAAUCGGUGUAUGGACUAGCGCAAUGCACGCCGGAUUUAUCUGAUGAUGCUUGCAAUGGCUGCCUUCUGAAUGCUAGGUCGAAGCUUCCUGAUGAUGCAAAACAAGGAGCGAGAGUUCUGUUUCGGAGCUGUUAUGUCUGGUAUGAGGUGUACCUGUUUUUCAACGCUAGCAUCGGUGCUGCUCCGCCGCCGCCGCCACCUUCGUCAGUCCUCACUCCUCCUGCAAGCAGCCCUGGAAAUGGGGGACUCUCAUCGCAACAAAUCAUUGCCAUUGUCGUUCCAAUUUGCGUCGCCAUUAUGCUUUUCAUAGCAGGCUUCUGCAUCCUAACUAGGAGGGCGAAGAAAAAGUAUAAUUCCCUAAGAGAAGACACUGUCGGGGAUGACAUAUCAGCAGUGCAGUCUUUGCAAUAUGAUUUGGGUACAAUUCAAGCUGCCACGAACAACUUUUCUGACGAUAAUAACAAAAUCGGUGAAGGUGGAUUUGGUGCAGUCUACAAGGGUUUUCUUCCAGAUGGACAAGAAGUAGCUGUGAAGAGGCUAUCUCGAACCUCAGGGCAAGGUGCAACAGAGUUCAAGAAUGAGAUGGUAUUGGUAGCCAAGCUUCAACAUAGAAACUUAGUGAGGCUACUCGGAUUUUGCUUGGAAGGAAAAGAAAAGAUACUCAUUUAUGAGUUUGUGCCCAACAAAAGCCUCGACUACUUUUUAUUCGACCCAUUGGAGCAAGCGAAGUUGGAUUGGUCAAGACGUUACAGGAUAAUUGGAGGGGUAGCCCGGGGGAUGUUGUACCUUCAUGAAGAUUCACGACUUAGAAUUAUACACCGUGAUCUCAAAGCUAGCAAUAUCUUGUUGGAUGGUGAUAUGAAUGCGAAAAUAUCAGAUUUCGGCAUGGCGAGGAUCUUUGGAGUUGAUCAAACUCAAGGAAAUACAAGUCAAGUCGUUGGAACAUUUGGUUAUAUGUCUCCGGAGUAUGUAACGCGUGGACAAUUCUCUGUCAAGUCCGAUGUGUUUAGCUUCGGCGUCUUAGUUCUGGAGAUCAUUUCUGGCAAGAAGAUCAACAACUUUUACCAAUCAGAUGGUGCUAGGAACCUUCUGAGCUAUGCUUGGAAGCUUUGGAGGGAUGGAACACCCUUGGAUUUGAUGGAUCCAACUCUUCAAGGGUCCUAUUCCAGAAAUGAAGUCACUAGAUGCGUUCAUAUCGCCUUGUUGUGUGUCCAAGAUGAUCCGGAUGCCAGGCCCUCCAUGGCAACAAUAGUUCUGAUGCUCAAUAGCUAUUCUGCCACGCUGUCACUUCCUCAACCGCCUACAUUCUUAGGACGAAGCAUACCGGGGUCAAAUUUUCUCAAAGCGAUAGAGUCGGACCAGUCUAUGAGCAACUCAGCACAGUUCUCUGUGAAUGAAGCAUCAAUUACUGAGCUAGGCCCUAGAUGAUGUGACAACGUCUAGGCAAAUACGAAGUCAGGUUUGUUUUUACGCCGUGAGAUGAGUAACUUGGUGACUAUGCGCUGGGGCAUAGAGUAUGUUGUAUUGCAUCUGCACAAAUUUUAUACAUAUAAUGUCUAUCGGAAUUAACUUCCACAGAGUAUAUCAGUUUUCACCGGUUUGUAAGAUACUUUCAUAAGCGUGUAUUUUGAGUCCAAUAUGACGAAUCGCAUGUUGUGAUGUUCAUGGAAAUAGAACUGUGGAUGUACUCGGCAUUCUGUUUGGGAACCAAGUAAAAUCAGUGUCUUCCAUUA